AUGGCUGCCUUUGAUGUGCACCACUGCCUUUCUACUGAAUACGUUUAUGCUUGUCGGGAGGCUCUGUCUCUCAUAUUUUUGAAAACUAUUUCGUUGAUUCGAUACAGCCUUCUCCCUCACGUUAUACUCAUUACUGUCUGUACUCAACUUGGGAGUCGUCCUUUUGUUGGCACUCCCGUACCGGCCAUGGAGUUUUCAGACUGGCUUAGGGACUACUUACUGGGUCUGAGCAGCAAUGUAGACACUGUAUUUGUGGAAUAUAUCCACGGCCUGCUGCAGGAUAACUCCAUGGAUAAUGCCGAGAAGCUUGAAUGCAUCAGCGAAUUCCUCAGCUCGGUCACAGUAAGUCGCUCUCUGUUUCACUAA